GUAAGACAUUUUAAUUGAGUUCCUUUUUUAAAUAAUUUGUAGUAUGCAGUUUGAAUAUGAUAAGUGAAGUGGAUGUUCUGUCUGUAAUGUGUAGAAAUGCCUUUGUCUUUGAUCCAUUUUAUUUGUUUGCUUUGACCGUCUGUGCUUUUACCAAACCAAACGUAUUCCAACCAACCCCUGUGAUGGUUACUGAGCUGGGAGACACUGUGACUAUCACUUGUCUUAGUUCAGAUGAGUCAGUGACCAGAUUUAAUUGGUUCAAGCAGAGUUUUGGACAGGAACCCCUCCUCAUGGCAUCAUCUCUUUAUGUUGGCCAAGAGAGUUAUUAUUCAUACAACUUUAUCAAGGACUUUACUGAGACCAAACGUUUGGGUGUGAGGAGAGGAGACUACAGCUAUAACUUGACCAUAUCCAAGACAGAGCCAGGGGACUCAGCUACAUACUAUUGUUCCACUCCAGACAUCUAUGAGCUCACAUAUGGAGAGGGAACUGUUUUAAUUGUCAAAGACUCAGAGUCCAACAGCAUGUCUGUGCUCCAGCAGCCUGUGUCUGAGUCAGUCCAGCCAGGAGACUCUGUGACUCUGAACUGUACAAUUCACACUGCGAGCUGUGCAGGAGAACACAGUGUCUAUUGGUACAGACAUGGCUCAGGAGAAUCCCGCCCAGGAAUAAUUUACACCCAUGGAAACUGGAGUGAUCAGUGUGAGAAAAGCCCUGAGACUGAGAAAAGCUGCAUCUACAACCUCCCCAAGAGGAACCUCAGCCUCUCUGAUGCUGGGACUUACUACUGUGCUGUGGCCUCAUGUGGGGAGAUACUCUUUGGGAACGGGACUAAGUUGGACAUUGACGACCAUAGAGCAGAUCCUCUUCUCUUGGUGUCCUGCCUGGGUGUGGUAUUGGGUGUCACGUUCACCUUGAUCAUUGUCCUGGUUUGCAUCAUGUACAAGAUGAACAACACAACAUGUGUGCAGUGCAGAGGACUCGUCUCUCAGACCAGAGGUCCUGCAGUUACCAGGUCAGAUGUAGGGGACCAAGAUGGAGACAGUCUCCAUUACGUAGCUGUGAAUCUGAGCAACAAGAAGAACAGGUCUAGAAGACAGAGAGGUCACAUGGAGACAGUGGUGUAUGCUGGGAUCAGACAGUAGAACUGGAUGAAUGAAACAAUGAUAAUUUUAUACUAAAUAACUCUUUAAUAACUAGUUCUAGCUCCAUUAACUAUCUAUGAACGCAUAAGCAGUCAAAUGUGAUAAACAGUGGUCAUAGCUUUUUUUGUUAUACAAAGUUGAAAUAAUUGAUUGCAUUGCUUCUCUGACAAACCUAUUUUUACAUUUGAAUAAUAUUAAUAAUAAUAACAAUAAUUUGGGGGAUGCUUAUAUUUGUCUUGGUACACAUCUGUGUAUUGAAAAUGUUUUUGUUGUUGUUGUUGCUAACCCCAACUCCCCCUGAGACACCCGCAGGGAGUGGGUUCACAGCCAGGGUCACCAUUGUACAGCACACCGGGAGCAAUUCGGGUUAAGUGCCUUGCUCAAGGGCACAGUGACAGAUUAUUAUUAUUUUUAUUGUAUUUGUUGUGCCUAUUUUAGCAACAGUAAAAUAGUUGCUUGUAUAAAGAAAAAUAAAGUGUUUCCAACUGUU